AGUGAUGUGGUGAGUGCAAUCGAACAAAUUAAGCAUAGACCUCCUCGGAAGGAGGAUUAUGAGGCGUGUGCUUCUACUUUUAGUAGAAGUACUAUUGCGGUGCUUGAUGAAAUGAUGAGGUCUUUGAAUGGUGCCAAAUAUGUUUUCUUUCCCGUGGUGAAAAAAAUUCACUUCUACCUUCUUGUCCUUAACAUUCCUGAAAUGAAGUUUGUGUACCAUAAUUCGAUGGAUAAUGCGGCGUAUCGAGGGAUUGGGAAAAGCUUG